AUCCAGUAUCAUACCAUUACCUCCAGACACUUUCUGUCCCUGCAUGUAUUCUGAACUCCGGGACGGUAGAGGGCGGUACUAUGUUCUUAAACUUAAAUCGUAGUCGAGGACGAUGAAAUAUGGUGGGCGCAGUGGAGGUGUGUUGUUUCUUGGUGGUGGCAGUGCUGUGGGGAGCCACCAAUCCAUUUUUAAAGAAAGGUACAGAAGGCAUUGAAAGGGUGAAGAAGGGGAAUAUUGUCCUUCAGCUCCUUGCUGAGGUUAAGUUCCUGUUCCUCAACUUCAAGUAUCUGAUUCCAUUCCUACUGAAUCAAGGUGGAUCUGUGGUCUACUACUUCACCUUGGCCACCACAGAGCUGUCCUUGGCUGUGCCGGUCGUGAACUCUCUCACAUUCCUCAUAACCCUACUCACAGGCCGUUUGCUGGGUGAGGACUUUGGUGGGAAACGAGCUGUGUUUGGGAUGCUACUGAUAAUGUUAGGAGUCUCUCUCUGCAUCUUCAGUUCAGCCUCUGAGGCCAAGGACACAGUCCCGUUGAACACCACACUGACCUGAGGACAACAACAAAGCUAUGGAAGUAGAGACCUGAUUUAUUACUGUGGUUGGCGUCUGGCAGACCCAAGAUCAGUUCCUAACAGUGGUUGAACUUGACAGACUGUGUCUGCACUCUGCACUUUCAAUAUGUUUUGCUGCUGUUCUGUAGCAUGGUGAAUGGUGAGUUCAGUUAUAGGGCAUUUCCACUUGUAUCAGCUCAACUCGACUUGACUCAGAGUCGGGCUGAGCCGGUACCAAAAGGUGACUGUAAUGACAUCACAGUUGUUUUCUUCAGCGUUGUUAUGCCAGCUUAUGGGGGUACUAUGGGUGUUGCAGAGGAAAAUGAACACCCGGCCGGUACCAAAAUCGAGUCGAUUCGGGCUGAUACCAUGCAAUGGUAAAGUCCCAUUAGACUACUCCUUGUGAUGUUUACAUGAUGAUGUUGCUGCUGCUGUUAUGUCUAUGUAUACGCUUCAGUUCAUUAUGCAGUGCAAUGCAACGUUGUCAUUUUCUUACGGUGACUUCUAGAUCAGUGACAUCUUCUGUAACAUUAUUCCUGUGGUUUGUUUCUAUCCAUUUGUUGUCAGGGACAGAGGGGGCAAACUUAAAAAAAAAAAAACUUUUUCUUAUCUUCACUAAAGCAGCUUCAAUGUAGUUUGAUAUUCAUUAUGUGACCAAAAGCAGAUGCUGCUCAACAGCUUUUCUCAAGCCCUGAAGUUACUUAUCUUGUAUGCAGUUAUGUAACUUUCCUUUUAAAAUGGAUAGUUCUGGUCUUUGACUGUAAUUGGUUUAAUUGUGUUCCAAACCAUUGUAUAACACUCUGCAACUCUUUACGUUGACCACAUUUGGUUUUGUAUCACUUCUAUAUUCUAUGGCCAAGUCUGUGCUUUAGUGACGCUGAACUGGAUGUGGUGUGAACUGAAUGGCUGGUCAGCUGAUUUCGGUGUAGAGAAUCCUGCUAUAUUUUUAGAUGCUGAUGAUCUUGCUGAAAGCAAGUAUAUUUUCUCAUAGUGCCUGUUUCUGUCAGAUGAUAUUCUAUAUAUUCUGUAUUAUUACGUGAGGAUUUGGGAUGGGUUAUUCUAAAUAAAGAGUCCACUGAUUAAUACCAUUAAAGAA